AUGGAGAUUCCAGCUGAGGCUACGCCUGGAGCUACUGCUGAUCCUGUGGAGAUUCCAGCUGAAGCUACUCCUCGAAGCGUGCAAAGCCUGCGAAGAAGGACCCGGCUCUCCCCUGCGCCCCUCUCUCCACUGGCGCGCAGGCCUUCCAUCUCCAUGGUAGCUAGCUCCUCUCAUAUCUUCCAUGUAAUCGGUGAUAUCCAGGGCGAUCGUUUCAUUCCCAACAGAGGAGCCAUGGACUUGGAUCUAGCGCAUUUUAAUCUGCUCCACGAAGCCAGGGAAAAUAGCCACACUCCAUCCGAGGUUGCAUCGCCUGUUAAGGAAGAUUACAGACGCAUCCUGGCCGAGAGUCUUCUAAGCUGCGAGACGGGGAGCCCCAAGAUCCUGGCCUUCACAAAGAAAAUCCCCUCGUUGAGCAUCCAGCGUUGUCUCGACACAGAGUUGGACAUCUUGCCUUCUUCCAAAAAACCACAUCGACACAUAUGCCAGACUCCUGAGAGAAUCCUGGAUGCCCCCGAGAUCGUGGACGACUACUACCUCAACUUACUGGACUGGAGUUGCAACAACACAGUCGCCGUCGCUCUGGGUCCUGCCGUCUACCUGUGGGACGCCGACACCGGCGAGAGCUUCCAACUUAGCAAAUGCGAGGAGCACGACACGGUGACAAGCGUUGCAUGGUCCGACGAUGGAAGAUUGAUCGCAGUGGGACUGAGCAGCGCAUGCAUCCAACUCUGGCAUGCCACCAGCAGAAGCCAGAUUCGAACCUUUCGCGGUCACUCAUCACGAGUCUCGUCUCUGGCUUGGAAUGGAUCACUCCUGUCGUCCGGAAGCCGCGACCACAAGAUUAUAAACCACGAUGUGCGCGCUCGAGCACACAAGGCGUCAGUUCUUGCGGGACACUGCCAGGAGGUGUGCGGCUUGAAGUGGUCACCGUGCGGCCAGCAGCUGGCCAGCGGCGGCAACGACAAUCUCCUCCACAUCUGGGACGCGGCAGUGGCGUCCACGUUCGAUUCCAUCCAUCCCGGCUCCAGGUGCGCGUUCCGCUUCGACUGCCAUCGAGCUGCUGUCAAGGCACUCGCCUGGUGCCCGUUCCAGUCGCGCUUGCUGGCCUCGGGUGGUGGAACUGUGGAUCGAUGCAUCAAGUUUUGGAACACUCAAACCGGGACGUGUCUCAGCAGCAUCGAUACCUUGUCCCAGGUGUGUGCUCUACAGUGGAGCAGGCAUCAAAAGGAGAUUCUCAGCAGCCAUGGCUACGGCCUCAACCAGCUGUGUGUGUGGAAGUAUCCGUCGAUGAUCAGGAUUGCCGAGCUCCGGGGCCAUACUGCUCGAGUGAUCCAUUUGGCACAGAGCCCGGAGGGAACUACCGUUGCAUCUGCGGCCGCGGACGAGACGCUGCGCUUCUGGAGGGUGUUUGGAUCGCCCAACAAGAAAUGCGGCAGCGACAUGAAACCCAGUGGCCUCUCCAGAAGCGCUAGUAGCAUUCGAUGA